AUGGCUACCAUCGAAAGUGAAGUUCAAUCCGCAUCGUCCACUUCUUCCUGCCCAGAAAGCAAGAAAGCUCGUCCUUCCAGAUCGAGCAGUUUCAUGAUAGAAGACAUCCUCUCCAGCCAAGCCCGUCUGAACGCCAUCACCGAGCACCAUGCCCAACAAACCAUCGCCCAGGCCCAGGCCGCUGCCCUCAGCAACAACAUCGCGCUCACCAACGCUGCCCUGUUGCAUUCGAUGAAUCGAGGCUUGGCUCCGCGAGUACCCGGCCUCGUCCCGCCAGCGACACUCAAUCCAGGCUUGUCCCCGUUCGGCAUGUUCCCGUAUGGUCUUAACCCACUGUGGCGGAUGCAUUUGGACCACCGUGUGCGCAAGUGUCGCCGCUCCCGAACGGUUUUUACAGAAGGUCAGCUUCUUCGACUUGAGCGCGAAUUCGACACGAAAAAGUACCUCUCUACUUCCGACCGGGUCGGCCUCGCUGCAGAGCUCGGUCUGACCCAGCUUCAAGUCAAGACCUGGUAUCAAAAUCGACGAAUGAAGUGGAAGAAACAGAACCGAUCAAAACUGAACCCAGAAGAUCUCGAGGGAAAAUCGGAGUCGAGCUGCGAAGAGGAAGAAAUCGACGAGGCAUAUUCUAGCUCUAGCGAUCCAAGCUCAAACGUCAACAAGUCCGAAUCGAGUGCCAUUUCACCAGUGAAGAGCGACGGCUCUGGUAGCACCUCUGAGCCAAUUCCUGAACCUAUCGAACAAACGACUAAAGCACCUGAUCUUCAAAAAGCAGAAGUUUCAAUUAUUCCUCAAACUGCUGCUUGA